AUGCCGCCUCAGGACGAUCAGGCUCCUCCAGUGCCGCCCAGAAGAGCCGGGACCUGCUCCAUCUCACUGCCCGAGCGGAGGCUGAAGUGCGUGCUGGUGGGAGACGGAGCGGUGGGCAAAACCAGUCUGAUAGUGAGCUACACCACCAACGGAUACCCAGCAGAGUACAUCCCCACUGCUAUAGACCACUUCUCAGCGAGGGUUGCGGUGGAUGGAAGACCAGUACAACUUCAGCUCUGUGACAUGGCAGGACAGGUGGAGUUUGAGCGCCUCCGUCCACUCUGCUACCACGAUGCUGACGUCUUCCUGCUCUGCUAUAGCAUCAUCCUGCCGCCCUCGUUCCGCAGUGUGGCAGAGCGGUGGGCACCGGAAGUCCGCCGGCUGUGCCCUGGGGUCCCUGUUAUCCUCGUAGGGACACAGUCAGAUCUACGUGAGGAUGUGCAGGUGCUGAUACGCCUGGCGGAGGAGCAAGAGCGGCCAGUUAGCGAGGAAGAUGCCCGGCUGUGUGCUCAGAGCAUUGGGGCGGUGGCCUUCGUAGAGUGUUCAGCACUAACACAGAAAAACUUGAAGGAGGUGUUCGACACGGCCAUCGUAGCCAGCCUGCAGCAUGCGGAGGAGGUGCAGGAGGAGGGUCUGAGGAGCCGGCACACGCUGCGGGAGAAAACACCUGACAAAAUCAAACAGUUGUCAGAGACCUGGUGGAGAAAGCUGAGCUGUUUCAUGUGA